AUGUCAAUGGAAAAUGAAGAACCAAUGGAAGCAAGUUCCUCUGAAAGUGAGGAUGAUGAGAUGGACGAAAAAUCAGAUGACGACGACGAUCGUCCAAAAACAUUCCUUCCUGGUCAAGAACUAAAAGAAGAUGAGCAGCUGGUAUGUGACCAGUCUGCGUAUGUUAUGUUGCACCAGGCCCAGACCGGAGCUCCGUGCCUAAGCUUCGAUAUUAUACAAGAUAAUCUAGGAAACGAUAGACAUCAAUUUCCGAUGACGGCGUAUCUCGUCGCCGGUACACAAGCACAAAGCGCACACCUUAAUAAUAUUCUAGUGUUCAAAAUGUCAAACCUUCAUCAAACUUCAAAAGGAGAGGAUGAAGCAUCAGAAAGUGAAGAUGACGAUGAUGAGGAAGAAGAUGAAGAACAUAAACCAGAAAUGACAUUUGCUGUCAUUAAAAACCAAGGCUGUGUCAAUAGGAUAAGGGCAACUAAUUUUAAAAAUUCUGUGUUAGCAGCAAGUUGGUCUGAACUGGGGAGAGUUGAUGUAUGGAAUAUAACACAGCAAUUGCAAGCUGUUGAUGAACCAGCAUUACUAGAAAGAUACAAUCUUGAUACAGUGGCUAAUCCUGUUAAACCUUUAUACUCUUUUAAUGGCCAUCAGCUAGAAGGCUUUGGAUUAGAUUGGUGCCCAACUGAGCCAGGUGUGUUAGCAACAGGAGAUUGUAGAAGAGACAUCCACAUAUGGAAACCAAAUGAAGCUGGAACAUGGACAGUGGAUCAAAGGCCUCUGGUUGGUCAUACAGGCUCAGUUGAAGAUAUCCAAUGGUCUCCUAAUGAAAGGAAUGUAUUGGCAACUUGUUCAGUGGACAAAACAAUUAGGAUAUGGGACACAAGAGCAGCCCCUAGCAAAGCAUGCAUGUUGACUGCAGAAAAUGCUCACCAAAACGAUGUGAAUGUGAUAUCAUGGAAUAGUAAAGAACCAUUUAUAGCCAGUGGUGGAGAUGAUGGAGUCUUACAUAUUUGGGAUUUAAGGCAAUUCCCUACUGCUCCAGUCGGUACAUUUAAACACCAUACAGCACCAAUAACCUCGGUAGAGUGGCAUUGGACAGAAGCUUCAGUUUUGGCAUCUUCUGGUGAAGACAAUCAAGUAGCCUUCUGGGACUUGGCUGUUGAACGAGAUGACGAUGAAGUUGUUGAUGAGGAAUUAAAGAACUUACCACCCCAACUACUUUUUAUACAUCAAGGACAGACAGAUAUUAAGGAACUUCACUGGCACAAGCAGAUACCUGGAGUGAUGGUUACAACUGCUCAUACAGGGUUUAAUAUAUUUAAAACUAUAAGUGUAUAA